AUGAAGUUCAACAAGGAGAAAUGUGACGUCCUGCACCUGGGGAGGAACAACCCCAGGCACCAAUAUGUGCUGGGGGGCAACCACCUGGAAACCAGCUUGGUAGAAAAGGACCUGGGGGUCCUGGUGGACAACAGGUUGAAAAUGAGCCAGCAAUGGACCCUUGCUGCAAAGAAUGCCAAUGAAUAUUCAGAAGCUGUUCCUGGUCUCCCCACUUCAUAUGCUGCUAUCCUAAGAAUCAAAUCUGGUAGUUCAUCUUUAGCCUCAUUUAAUACAAAGAACAGACCACGAUUAAGCAGUCCUUCAUUAGGAAGUGUAUCUUCACCAGGCUGGAGAGGAGCUGCACAACAUUAUCACUCCCCAACAAACCUCUACCACUUUUCAGAGGCCUUCAAACAUGAUGAAAGUGUUGAUUAUGGGCCAGUGUUUCUACAAGAGCCAGAUGAUGUGAUUUUUCCAACUGAUUCUGAGGAGAAGAAAGUAUCUCUGAAUUGUCAAGCUCGUGGAAAUCCUACUCCCACAUACAGAUGGCUUCGAAAUGGAACUGAAAUCAACAUUGAAAGUGAUUAUCGCUUCAGUUUAAUAGAAGGAAGUUUGAUCAUCAACCACCCCAGUGAAACGAAGGAUUCUGGACAGUAUCAGUGUUUAACCACCAACAUGUUUGGCAGUAUUUUAAGCAGAGAGGCUGUUCUUCAGUUUGCAUAUCUGGGGAAUUUCAGUGGUCGGACAAGAAGUGCUGUUUCUGUACGUGAAGGUCAAGGAGUUGUUCUAAUGUGCUCCCCUCCACUUCAUUCACCAGAGAUCAUCUAUAGCUGGGUAUUUAAUGAAUUCCCAUCUUUUGUGGCAGAAGACAGCAGACGCUUCAUCUCUCAGGAGACAGGCAAUCUCUACAUCUCCAAGGUGCAAACAUCUGAUGUUGGCAGCUAUAUAUGCUUGGUGAAAAACACAGUGACAAAUGCCAGAGUUUUGAGUCCUCCUACACCUCUGACACUGAGAAACGAUGGUGUGAUGGGGGAAUAUGAACCAAAAAUAGAAGUCCAUUUUCCUUACACAGUUACAGCUGCAAGGGGAACCACUGUUAAGAUGGAGUGUUUUGCACUUGGCAACCCUGUUCCAACGAUCUCUUGGAGGAAAGUUAAUGGUCAUAAUCCAAGUAAAGCCCGCCUGAGAAAAUCCCAAGCUGUGCUUGAAAUACCUAAUGUGCAGCUAGAGGACGCAGGAAUGUACGAAUGUAAGGCUGAAAACUCUCGUGGAAGAAAUGUCUUCAGAGGACAACUGCAAGUGUACACCUAUCCACAUUGGGUGGAGAAACUUAAUGAUACUCAGUUAGACAGUGGAGAUCAGCUCCGAUGGGAAUGUAAAGCCACCGGAAAGCCAAGGCCUACAUAUCGUUGGCUGAAAAAUGGAGUUCCUCUCUGGCCACAGAGCAGGAUUGAGAUGGUUAAUGGUGUUCUGACGAUCCACAGUGUGAAUCUUUCAGAUGCUGGAAUGUAUCAGUGCUUAGCAGAAAACAAGUAUGGCACCAUUUAUGCCAGUGCCGAGCUGAAGAUUUUAGCUUCAGCUCCCACUUUCCCACUAAAUCAAAUGAGGAAAACCAUAAUUAUUACCAAGGGCCAAGAAAUUGUCAUUGAGUGCAAGCCACAAGCCUCUCCAAAGCCAACUAUCACUUGGAAGAAAGGAGACAAAGCAUUAAGGGAGAGUAAGAGGAUAACUAUUCUUCCACAUGGGAGCCUGCGAAUCCUGAAUGCUUCCAAGUCUGAUGAAGGACGGUACUUAUGCCAAGGUGUAAAUGUAUUUGGAUCUGCAGAAAUCAUUGCAUCAGUAUCUGUUAAAGAACCUACAAGAAUAGAGCUGACUCCCAAGAAGAUAGAGUUAACGGUUGGAGAAAGUAUUGUCCUCAGUUGCAAAGCCCUUCAUGACAGCACACUAGAUGUCACUUUCUAUUGGACACUCAACGGGCAGUCAAUUGACUUUGAAAAAGAAGGUGGACAUUUUGAAAGCAUCAAGGCACAAGCGUCCUCUGCAGAUUUAAUGAUCAGGAACAUCCUCCUGAUGCACGCCGGGAGAUAUGGCUGCAGGGUUCAGACCGCAGCGGACACUGUGUCAGAUGAGACAGAGCUGCUUGUUAGGGGUCCUCCUGGUCCCCCAGGGGUUGUAAUAGUGGAGGAAAUUACAGACACCACAGCAACACUCUCCUGGAGUCCUGGGGCAGACAAUCACAGCCCUAUCUCCCUCUACAACCUGCAAGCACGCAGUCCAUUUUCUCUUGGCUGGCAGACCGUAAAAACAGUUCCAGAUGUGAUAAGUGGUGACAUGGAGUCUGCUAUGGCUGUCGAACUGAACCCUUGGGUGGAGUAUGAGUUCAGAGUUGUAGCAACCAACAAAAUUGGGACCGGAGACCCAAGUGCACCAUCGCGAGUGAUCAGAACCAACGAAGCAGUUCCAAAGACACCUCCAGCUAAUGUAAGUGGCAGAAGUGGAAGGCGACAUGAAUUAGUAAUAGCAUGGGAGCCAGUGUCAGAAGAGUUUCAGAAUGGAGAAGGAUUUGGAUAUAUUGUAGCCUUCAGACCCAAUGGAACACGUGGCUGGAAGGAAAAAAUGGUGACAUCUUCAGAUGCCUCAAAAUUCAUCUACAGAGAUGAAAGUGUGCCACCUCUGACUCCUUUUGAGGUGAAAGUUGGUGUUUACAACAACAAAGGAGAUGGUCCCUUCAGCCCUAUUGUGGUCAUCUGCUCAGCUGAAGGAGAACCCACUGCUGCUCCCAUCGAUGUCAAAGCUACGAGUUUGUCUGUAUCAGAGAUUCUUGUUGCGUGGAAACAUAUUAAAGAAAGUCUAGGAAGACCACAGGGAUUUGAGGUUGGUUACUGGAAGGACAUGGAGCAGGAAGAAGCAGCAGAAAAGGUCAAAACUGAGGGAAAUGAGUCAUCCAUCCUCUUGACAGGAUUAGAAGGAAACACAUUAUAUCACCUAACGGUGAGGGCGUACAAUGCUGCAGGGUAUGGACCACCUAGCACUGCAGUGCGUGCAGCAACCAAGAAGUCCCCUCCCAGCCAAGCACCAAGCAAUAUUAUGUGGAUACAGGAUGGCUCUCAUGUGUCUCUUGGGUGGGAGCCAGUCAGACCUCUAGCUAAUGAAUCUGAUGUAAUGGGAUACAAGGUAUUAUUUAGGCAAGAAGGCCAGAGCAACAGUCAAGUUAUAGAAACACAGAAAACCUCUGCGGUGGUACUUCUUCCUGAUGUUGGUGUCUACAUCAUUGAGGUCUGUGCAGUCAGUGAAGGAGGGGAUGGGACUGCGAGUCCCCAGAUCAGAGUUCCAUCUUUUUCAGGAGGGAAAGUAACAAGUGCUCAAUCCACCUUACAUGUGUUGUCUACUUCCUCGUCCUCUGUAACAUUGCUUUUGGCACUGAUGGUUCCUUCAACCUCAUGGUGA